GGAGGAAGACGGCGACGACGAAGAAGAAGCUGCUGCCCGAAACCCAGAUCGGAGACCUGAAGGGGGGGCGAACCCUCGAUCCUCUCUCGUCUCAUCCUCCUCCUCAUCACCGCUUCUCCCUGCGGAGCCCGCUGAAACCCGGCCACCGGCGGGUGCCUUCUUCGAUCCGCGGUCGACGACCCAGUUCCUCCCUCGAAUGGAAUCCAUCGUGGGGACCGGCGGCGCGAACAGGUGGCGGCCGAUGGGCCGCGGCCGGGACGGGCCGGGGGCCGGCUUUUGGCUCCGGGAGAUCGGCGGGCUCAGCAGCCGGAGCUUUGCGUACCGGCACAGGGCGUCGGAGGAUCUUGUGUUGCGGUUCGAGAUCUACAGGAAUCUAAAAAACCACAGGGGUUGUGUGAAUACCAUCAGCUUUAAUUCAAGUGGUGACAUCCUGGUCUCUGGUUCUGAUGACAGACGGGUUAUAUUGUGGGACUGGGAAACUGGAAAUGUUAAGCUCGCAUUUCAUUCUGGUCAUCGGAACAAUGUUUUCAAUGCAAAGAUCAUGCCUUACACAGAUGACCAAAGUAUUGUCACUUGUGCUGCAGAUGGGCAGGUGAGACAUGCUCAACUUCCAGAGAGUGGACCUGUCAAGACGUCUUUGUUGGCCAAACAUCAGGGUAGAGCCCAUAGAUUGGCCAUUGAGCCAGGAAGUCCCCAUGUAUUUUACUCGUGUGGGGAAGAUGGGUUAGUUCAACAUUUUGAUCUUAGGACUAAGAGUGUCACAGAACUUUUUACUUGCCAUCCAAAUGAUGAUAGGGGAAGUCACAUGCCGGUCAUUAAGUUAAAUGCUAUUGCAAUUGAUCCAAGGAAUCCAAAUCUCUUUGCAGUUGCUGGGUCAGAUGAGUUCACCCGACUUUAUGAUAUCCGCAAGUAUAAGUGGGAUGGAUCUACGGACUUUGGCCAACCCGCCAAUUACUUCUGUCCUCCACAUUUGGUUGGUGAUGAACAAGUUGGAAUAACCGGCUUAGCCUUCUCAGAUCAGAGUGAGCUUCUGGUCUCUUACAAUGAUGAAUUUAUCUAUCUCUUCACUCAAGACAUGGGAUUAGGUCCUGAUGCAGUUACAAGUGAGGCAGUAGCAUCCAAUACAGAUCUUAAGGAAAAAUUUGAACCCCAAGUUUAUAAAGGGCACAGGAACACUGAGACUGUGAAGGGUGUGAAUUUCUUUGGUCCUAAAUGUGAGUAUGUGGCAAGCGGGUCUGACUGUGGGAGAAUAUUCAUUUGGAGGAAACAGGGUGGAGAGCUCAUUCGUGUGAUGGAAGCAGAUGAGGAUGUGGUAAACUGUGUGGAACCUCAUCCUCAUGAAGUAGUGUUGGCGAGCAGUGGGCUUGAAGAUGAUGUCAAGCUAUGGACACCAAAGGCUAUUGAAAAAGCUACACUACCUACCAAUAUCCAACGGACGAGGCCGAAGGCCCUAGGCUGGAUGUACAGAAUAUCUUCUCCCCAGGACCUGCUGUUGCAAUUGUUUUCGAUGGAAAGGCGAAGAACGGACCCGGGAGAUGAUAGAGAUGACUCCUCUAGCUCCGCGACUGGUCGGGAUCUCAUGGAGCUUAUUUUUACAUUUAAUGGAAACAAUGCGAGUUCUUCAGAUGAUGGGGGCAAUGCAUCUGGUCCUGAAGACUUCUUUAGUUGAGCUCCUUGGAUCGUCCGUCUUGCCUGUUGGGUAAACUCCCUAGGCGCUGUACAUCCUUUUUCAAAUGGACCUGCUUUGGCUAAUCUCCUGUAAAAAUUCACCAUAGACCUGGUACUUGAUGAGGAAUGGCUUUCUGUGAUUGCGCAAUGAAUAAUUUAUCGAGUAUAGUAA